AUUGUCGAAUGAUGAUUAGAAGCUGACACUAACUGGAACAAAAAUGGGUCUUAUCUUCUCCAAAUUAGGCUGGCGUUCUGCCACUGAUAAAAACACAGCAGCACAAGCGGAACCGGAAAAGAAAGUUUACAGCUGGGAUCUGCGGCCUUCAGAAGAUGCUCAGAAUCUGCAGUUUAGCAACAAAGCGGAUGAGGUUCUUGUCAAACUACCGGGAAGUAUCAACGGAAAGCCAUUCAACAUUGUCAACCUGAAUUCGUGUCGUGUGUUUCUGCUGGAUAAUAUGGCGACCAUUAACAUAGACAACUGCUCCAACUGCGCAAUAUUCAUCGGGCCCACCAACCAAAGCGUGUUCAUCCGCGACUCGACCGCCUGCAAUUUCAUUGUUUCCUGUCAGCAGUUUCGAAUGAGAGACUGUUCCAAAGUCAACGUAUUACUCCACUGUACUUCUCAGCCUAUUAUAGAGUCUUCAUCCAAGAUCAAAUUCGCUUGCUUCCAAUUCUACUACGAAGCCUUGCAAGACCAGUUGCAAAGUGCAAGUUUGAGUCCGUAUCUGAACUAUUGGAGCAAUAUAUACGACUUCUCGCCGAAUUCCGACAGCAGUAAUCCGAACCACGGCUACCUUUCAGACGAAAAAAUAACAGAGUGCCUUGAUUUCUUCGACGUGUCGAAGUUAGAUGCAGAUACACUGCCCGAUGGACUUGACCCCGAGAUAUUGAAGCUAGAUCUGAAACGAAGCUGCAUCCCGAAGACGAAGAACCACGCAUUGACUAAAUCUCAGCCAGCUUUAGGCCAGAAUUGUCUUCUGGUUGUGCUGCCAUUUGGAGAAAGAAACGAAGUUUUGCUGAGGAUCAUGGAUCGCAUACAGAAGACGAAGGAUGAAAACAAAUCAAAUGACAUUGAACUUGCUCAGUCUGUCGAAUCGACACUCAUGACCCAAGAUGAACUAGACCGCCUUUUGAACAUACCAGCUCUUGCUCUGAAUGCAAGCAAAGUCUCAGGUGGCGACGCGGAAAUAUCGACAAAGCGAACUCAGCUGAACUUUGUGAACAAAAUCAAAUCCAGAGGCAAAGUGAUCGCACUGCUUUUUUCAGGUCAAAGCAGUGAACAGAUUGUGACGGAUUUGAUUUCGAAAGAAGAGCAGCUGAAAAGCUAUUGUUUCAUGUCACAAGGUCAAGUAGCAGAUGCACAAUUCGAGCAGUUGCAGAAUUAUAUGCAAAUGCAGUUUCACUAGAUAAACAAAGCAGGCGCGGAUCUAGGAUUUUCGCGAGGGCGAGCGUGAAUUUUCAAAAUAGCCCGAAAUUUUAGUCGACUUUUCCAAUUCGACCAAAUAUAAUUUCCGAGGCAUCAAAAACACUAAAUAGACCCGAUUUUGCCAAACGUUACUUCGGGGCAGGCUAAGUUUUGGAAAAACAAAACAAAACGCGGGGGUACGCCCCAAAAAAUUACGGCACUUUGGCGCCUUUAGAAAAAUUUAGUGUUGGUCGGUGAAAAUGAUGUAAUAGAAUUGUAAAAAGGGGUGGUCGAGUCCUUGAGAAAGUCUGAUACAAGUGUGUAGUAUAUACAGUAUAUAUAAUAGUUUGUGUUUAUUUGUAAAUAAUGAUUCAUAUCUUGAUGCUCAUGAUUCAAUAGCUUGGGUGCCAGUAUGAUAAUGGGGUCCCUAAAAUGUAUAUGGGUACCUGAAGUGAGAUUUGCACCUACAAAUCUUCGUAAAAAGAUUGUGAAUUUGUCUUUAUGCGUUUUCGAGCUUUCCAUGAAACUGUCGGGAACCGUCUUUCUUCCUCGCUUUUCUAGGGACCCAGCUAUAAUACUUGUAUCAUGGCGUGUAGAAAAAGUAAAGACUGUAAUUAUACGAAAUAAUAUUUAAAAUGUGUAAAAUUGUAUACUGUCAUUCUUUUUGUAUUGUAAUCAACAAAACUUUGUGGAAGAGCCACUUUAGGAAUUCUGUAAAAACGUAAAUCAGAGUCAUAAUUUAACUUAGAUCAUUAUAUUAAACUUGAAAAAUUC